CGUCGCUCUGCUUGGCUCUGCGCAACGAGGGUGCAGGUGUGUGUGCGUGUGUGUGCGUGUGUGUGUGUGUAUAGGUGUGUGUAUAGAGCAUCCAGCCCGCGGUUUGAAGGAUAUCUCCUAAGGAACCUCUUUUUUGGAUCCUAUGGGGAUUCUCAUCACCGCAGUUUGUGUGUUGGCAGCCGUGGGAGUGGGAUGUCGGCCUGCGAUCUUGCCUCUUAAUGAUGCAAAGGUGGAAUGUAUCGUUCAGGAGGUGCUGAAUGGAGAUGGGUCGCAACAUGGGUGUGCCCCUCAGCUAGCAGCCGAACUUGAUGAAGUACAGAGACACCAGGGUCUCCUCAGGGAGCUGCAAAGGCUAGCUGAUGAUGAGAGAGACGAAGCCAGGGAGGGGUUUGAGUACACUGAUGAAGAUAGCGACGUGGAGCAGACGGAUGAGGAGAGCGAUACGGCCAAAACAGCAGAGGAAGAUGAGCCCAAGAAUACGGAGAUGGAGGAGCCAAGGAUUGAUGACACGGGGAUUCAUGAUGAAGAAGAGAGAGCAAAGGAGCUUGAGGAGCUUCUAGAUGAAGAAAUCAGCAAGAAGGAGAAGGAGGAGAGAAAUGAUGAGGAGCUGAAAGAGCUGCUGAGAGAGCUGAAGAAGAAGCGUUAUGAGAUGAAGGAACGGGGGAGCCAGAAAGGCUCUGGAAAUGGUCCAAAGGAGGAAGAAACAAAGCAAAAGGUGGCAAGAGACAAAGAGGGGGUUCAGAAGCAGAUGGACCAGAGGAGGAACGAGGUGGAGCUGAGUGUUGAGAAGGAGAAGGUGGAGAAAGAGCUCAAGGAGUUGAAGUCCAAGAACAAGCCAGAAGAGGAGAAGGAAAGGAAGGAGAAGCAGGAAGAGCUGGACGAACUGGUCAAGAAGAUGGAGCGAGUGCAAGAGGAGGCGCAAGCGGAGAAGAGAGAUGAUGCUGUGCAGGAGGAGGACGACAAGGCACGGGGUGAAGAUGACGGAGCGAAGGAGCCUCGAGACGGAGGUGAGAAUGAAGUGGAAAGCAAAGAGGAAGCAGCGGAAGUGAAGGAGCCGCAGCAGAAGAGAGUGAUGGAGAAAGCCAGCGAUGAGGCCACACGGCAGUUUGAGCGGGAGAGAUUAAAGGAUGAAGAAGAGGAGGAUCGCAAUGAGGAGGAUGACGACGACGAGGAUGAGUACAUCAGAGAAGAUGAAGACCGGAGGGAGGAGGACGAUGAUGAUGAAGAUGACUUGGAAGACGAUCAAGGGGAGGAGCUGCUGGAGAUCGAAGCACAGUUACGUGAAGUUGCUGCAGAGCUAAGGGAGCUACGCAGAGGAUAAAACGCACACACACACACACACACACACACACACACACACACGCGCACGCAGUAGACUGACAAAACCCAUUGUUGGAUUCUCGUUAACGUGUUCACAUCACUCGGUGUUUUCUACCUAAUGUAAAAUUGGAGUGGAAAGUGUUCACCCCCGCUUUCUAGAUGCUGAUUUUAGUUUGUGAGCUUUGUGUGGCGCUCGGGGGCUGUGUGGUUGACAGGCGAGGUACAGUAAGUGCGACACUGCCACGGAUGCAAAGCAUUCAGUACUUUUUCUUUACAUUUCUGGCUAGGACACACCCGCAAGUCAUGUGUCUGAUUCCCUGUAUAAACACCCUGUGUCGAUAUCUAUCCUGUGCAAUAACCAAUAGCUGUAUGUAAUCUAUUCUGACUGUUAAGUAUCACUGAUAUUUCUACAUGACGACAUGUCACUUGUUCGUUAGAAACGAGGAAUGUGCUUCAUUCGGCUCCUGCACUGUUAAAAUCAGACUGUUGAUGACGUUCAAGGGUGACACAAAACCACACGCACGGCGCGUAGAACCGACCGACUUAGAGCUUACGAGGUUUAAAAGUGUCACUUCAGGUUCAGACAGCUUUGCACUCUUAACAAGCCAAGGAGGGGGCCAGGAGGAGGGACACACUAAAGCCAUUUUCUUGUCUUACACGGUAACACAAACGCUGACAACAAUGUUUUCAAGCGUCGCAUCGCAGCUGCAGCGGCUGCUGCCUUGACAUUGUCCUCACGUGAAUAUCUUUGCGCCAAGGUCAUGCAGAGUAUAAACAACAGCGCCCCCAAGAGGUCUCUGCGUACAUUGCACACAGAAUUAACAGGGUCGCCAACAGAGAACACGUAAUCUGCAAUAGCACAACGUAGAAUGCAAUAAGAAAUAAUAAUUCAGCAAGCAAAUAUAGCAGGUAUUUUAAUAAGUCACUAAAGUGCGCUGCUCGUGCAAAUGUAUCUUUUUAUUUUCGACACAGCCAAGAGAGAAAGUAGUGGCAAUAUUAGUACUGUCCAUUCCAAAGAUGAGAUGUUUGUUCAUUUCACGAUUUAACAACUGUUAAUCUACUUGUUGUUUUGUACUGAAGUGCAAAGUGUAUCUGAAAAAAACAGCAAGACAGAAGAAAGACAUUUCAAAUCACUACAAAUGACAAUUUGUAAUAUUACUGCUCACUAAAAGUGCUGUAUUUUGUGACUGCCGUGUCUUCUACGCUACCUGUCAAUCAAUAAAAGUAUAUGAAACACA